UAGUCCAAAUCAUAACAUUCUUCGCCGCUUUCUACCUCUGCUCGGCGUACCCGCAGAAGCAAAACACCUCAGGCAGCAACAAGAUCGGCCGCCAUGGUGAAGUAUUCGAAGGAGCCCGAGAACCCCACCAAGUCCUGUAAGGCAAGGGGCUCUGAUCUCAGGGUUCAUUUCAAGAACACAAGGGAGACAGCUUUUGCCAUCAGAAAGUUGCCUUUGGGCAAGGCAAAGAGGUAUUUGGAGGACGUUAUGGCUCACAAGCAAGCCAUACCAUUCCGACGCUUUUGUCGUGGUGUAGGUCGAACUGCUCAGGCAAAGAACAGACAUUCUAACGGACAAGGUCGCUGGCCUGUAAAAUCUGCCAAGUUUAUUCUAGAUUUGCUGAAGAAUGCAGAGAGCAAUGCCGAGGUUAAGGGUUUGGACGUUGAUGUCCUAUAUAUUUCUCACAUCCAAGUAAACCAGGCUCAGAAACAAAGGCGUCGUACAUACCGUGCACAUGGAAGAAUCAACCCUUUUAUGUCUUCCCCUUGCCAUAUUGAAUUAGUUUUGUCUGAGAAGGAAGAGCCUGUCAAGAAAGAGCCUGAGACUCAAUUGGCAGCUAGCAAUUCCAAGAAGACCUAAGCUUAGGUGCUUCUGUUUACACCUUUAUUUUCCCUUUUUUAUGGAGUUUUUGAAUUUUUGCAACUCAUUUUCUUUUGGUUUUUCGAACCGU